AUGCAAAGCAAGGGGACAGGCAACUCGAAGCCUCCUAAGGCGUACGGACUUCGGAGGUCAAUGACUGACACAUUAAAAAUACUUCAGCUCAAUAUUUGUAGGAGUAGGAUUGCCUCCCUACAACUGAAAGAUUACUGUGCUAGUAACACAAUCGACAUAGUUCUAUUACAAGAGCCGCUGAUCCAACAGCAUAAGGUAUAUGCGUUCGAAAAUAACAGACAAGUACAUAAAGGUGAUCACACAGGGGCAGCCGUCAUAAUACUCAACAAUGAACUGCGAAUCAUAGAGCUGGCGCAAUACACAAGUGAUUACGUAGUGACAAUCAGAGGAAGCAAACAAGACGACACGCGUGCCAUAACAGUGGUGUGGGUAACUCCACCGUACGUCGACCGUGAACCUCCGUGGCCCUCGAUUAGCGCACAGCGCUAA